AUGGAACGUGUUGCCGACGACCGACGACAGAGACAUCGACGCCGCAGCAAACGCCGUCGCGAGACCCCCGGAAGCCGAGAUGACCGCAUUCUUCGUGCAUUGGAGCCGCUCUCUUGGUUGCGACGAUCGGAGCGCGCUCUGCUGCACCAUUUUGUAACCGAGGCAUCCUGUAUUGUCAUCUCUUCUCAACAUGGCCAACGCCUGUUCUGCAAUACCAUCGUCCCAUUGGCCCUGCAGACCCCCUCACUUCUCUAUGCUACUUUGGCAUAUUCGGCAGCUCAACAGGCAGGCCUCCGAAGAACCACCACUACCCCAGACACGUCCAUUUCGAGAUAUGUGGGCAUGAGCCUGUUGGCGUUCCAGAAUGAACUACCACGACGGGCAUGCAGUAACAAGGCGAGCCUAUUGGCGGCGUCCCUGAUGCUCUGUCUAGUGAGCGUUUCUUCUGGAGAUGUCCAACCUAGGUCGUGGCGCGUUCACGCUGAAGGUGCAAAGGCUUUGUUGGCCAGCAUUCAUGUCUCUGAUCCAACCAGUUCCCUGGGUGUUAGUGCGGAAUUGGAAGCCAUCAUAACUUUCUUGUCGCGCUGGUACCUGAGUCUUGAGUCACUCACCGCCAUCACCACCUCUGGUCUCGUAACAGGCCAAUGCGUCACGCAGGAUGCUACCCUGGGUACCAUAUCCGAACCAGGACAACUCGCCCUCGAUGCCUGUGACGACUACUUUGGGUUUCCUACCAGGCUUGCCUUGCUUUUCCGCGAAAUUGGUGCAUCGGCAUGGGAGCGACGACAGCAGCUCUCAGCUGUGCCUCUUGGAGCGACUUCAUUUCUAACUCAGACAGACUUUGAUCUCGUUGCCGACGAUUUCCAUAAGAAGCUUACAGAAAUCUACCACGAAGUGGUGUGCUCACCUGUCGGCCUCAACUUCUACCCCGGGGUUCGGGAAGCGCUCUCUGAGAGUGAGGUCCGCGACUUCACAGCCUCUACUGAAACCUACCUCUCCAUGGCUCGCAUCUUGGUGGAGAGGCGAGUACGGGGAGUUCCCUCGAAUUCUGAAGUCGUGAAAGCUUCAGUGCACGCUAUUGUUCGAGUAGCAAGCUCAAUCACACCAUCACCUGGAGCCUCACCAGCAACCGCCUUGACGCCUCCCCUAUUCGCUGCAGGCUGUGAGGCUGUUGAUGCGACGGAUCGACAGGCGGUGCGAGACACUUUCCUAACUUUGCUCAGCGUUGUAAGAUCACAGAAUAUGGAGCAGGCCCUGAGAAUAUUGGAGUCUAUGUGGCAAAGUGAGAAGCAUGGCGUGCCUGACUGGUGGUCAUAUCAAGGUUAG